AUGGACGGCAGUAUGGAGUCGUUUAAAGAUGUCGGCUGCAUAAUUGUUGACGAGGCGCACCUGAGAAGGCGAUCACAUGUGACCUACUGCUCGGCUCGUUCAGGAAGCCCGAUCCCGCGUUGGAAAGACACCCUUGUGAUCAUAACAUCAGCUACCAUUGACUUGACGCUGUUCGCGCAAUUUUUCUACAACGCACCAACCGUUCAAAUCGAGGGACGAACGUUUCCGGUUGACAUUAUCUAUCAGCCAGCAGCCGACGAAUCGAAUAUUCAAAGGGCCGUGUCCGAAUGUGCACUUCAAAUCCAUUUGAAUUGUAGAUCAGCGCCCGGCGACAUACUCUGUUUUCUGCCAGGCCUCGAAGACAUAACGAAUGCCAAGGCGAUCUUCGAGAAGGAGUUGAAAAAAGUCUCCGCAAGGAAGUCGGAUCGGCUGGAUGCUGUAGUGUUCAUGCUGUACGGAAAACAGGAUCCCGACAAACAGGCCGAAGUGUUCGAGAAACUGGAUGUGGCCAAGGAGCGGAAAAUUAUCUUUGCCACCGACAUUGGCCGAAACGUCCAUCACGAUCGAUGGCGUUGUAUAAAUGCAAUUUCGAAAUCGUCGGCAAUUCAACGAUCUGGACGAUGUGGUCGUACCCAACGCGGUGUGUGUUAUAGGCUUUACAGUCAGGAUGAAUUCGAAAGUAUGAACAUCAAUGCAGCACCGGAAGUGCUCUGUCGGCCGAUAUCAUUGGCAGUGCUCACUCUACUGGAAUUGUCGCUGGAUCCGCAGAAGUUCGAUUGGAUCAGUCCGCCGUCAACGGAAGCAAUUGUGAAUGCCGAAAAAGAGCUGAUCAUUCUCGGAGCCGUCGACCUGCAACGUAAGCCGACGGAAUUGGGGAAAUUUGAUCGCAAAGUGCCAACAGGAUCCGAAAAUAAUGAAAAUUGUGUACGAUGGCUGCGUGAGGGGACUGGGUGA